UGCUCUGCACACAGUGCUCAAUGAAUACGAUUGAUUACAGCGCGUAGACCGGACAGUUUUUCCCCUGGGAACCCGGAAUUGGCAAGUGCGGGGAGGAUCUAAAAGCAUUUAGGGGUUGGAAAGUAGGGAUAAUUGAAAGUGAAACUCUGGUUAAACCAAACCAACUUGACAAUUCCCCUUCUGCUUGGCUGGAGGGGAAAUAGUGUAAAUGGAGAGGGGUGGGUCUAAGCAGGAGAAAAGUUGAGGGAGCUUUUACAACGUGAUUAUUCGCGGCCUCUAAACGCUGCUUUAAGAUGUAGAUUAUUUUAUUUUAUGACUUCAUCCGACCGAAUCUGAAGGUGUUUUUGUUUUUGAUGCCUUUCCGCCCCUUUUGGCUCCUGUAACUUCUGUAAAAUGUUACUUGUGAUCCGGUUAAGGGUCUCAUUUUUUGUGUGUGUGUAGUGGGGGGGGCGGCGGCCAGGAAGAAACUGACGGCAAUAGGGAUGUAAUCUAUGCCAGCAAUUAUGACUAUGUUAGCAGACCAUGCAGCGCGUCAGCUGCUGGAUUUCAGCCAGAAACUGGAUAUCAACCUUUUAGACAACGUGGUGAAUUGCUUGUACCAUGGAGAAGGAGCUCAGCAAAGAAUGGCUCAAGAAGUUUUGACACACUUAAAGGAACAUCCCGACGCAUGGACAAGAGUUGAUACUAUUUUGGAGUUUUCACAGAACAUGAACACCAAAUAUUAUGGACUGCAAAUUUUGGAAAAUGUGAUAAAAACAAGGUGGAAGAUUCUUCCAAGGAACCAGUGUGAAGGAAUAAAAAAAUAUGUUGUUGGCCUCAUUAUCAAGACCUCAUCUGAUCCGACAUGUGUAGAGAAAGAAAAGGUGUAUAUUGGGAAGCUGAAUAUGAUUCUUGUUCAGAUUCUAAAGCAAGAAUGGCCCAAACACUGGCCAACUUUUAUCAGUGACAUCGUGGGAGCAAGCAGAACCAGUGAGAGCCUUUGCCAGAAUAAUAUGGUGAUUCUAAAACUGUUGAGCGAAGAAGUCUUUGACUUUUCCAGUGGACAGAUAACUCAAGUGAAAGCCAAACAUUUGAAAGACAGUAUGUGCAAUGAGUUCUCACAGAUAUUUCAGCUCUGUCAGUUUGUGAUGGAAAAUUCCCAAAAUGCCCCACUUGUACAUGCAACUUUGGAAACAUUGCUAAGAUUUCUUAACUGGAUUCCACUGGGCUAUAUUUUUGAGACCAAGUUAAUCAGCACAUUAAUAUAUAAGUUUCUAAACGUUCCGAUGUUUCGAAAUGUCUCUCUGAAGUGCCUCACUGAGAUUGCUGGUGUGAGCGUCAGCCAGUACGAGGAACAGUUUGUAACACUCUUUACGCUAACAAUGAUGCAGUUAAAGCAGAUGCUUCCUUUAAAUACCAAUAUUCGACUUGCAUAUUCCAACGGAAAAGAUGAUGAGCAGAACUUCAUUCAGAAUCUCAGCUUAUUUCUCUGCACCUUUCUUAAAGAACAUGGUCAACUUAUAGAAAAGAGAUUAAACCUCAGGGAAACAUUGAUGGAGGCUCUUCACUAUAUGUUGCUGGUAUCUGAAGUGGAAGAAACGGAAAUCUUUAAGAUUUGCCUUGAAUACUGGAACCAUUUGGCUGCUGAACUGUACCGAGAAAGUCCAUUUUCAACAUCCGCCUCUCCUUUGCUCUCUGGAAGCCAACAUUUUGAUGUUCCUCCCAGGCGGCAGCUGUAUUUGCCUGUGCUGUCCAAGGUUCGUUUGUUGAUGGUGAGCCGCAUGGCUAAACCAGAAGAGGUGCUGGUUGUGGAAAAUGAUCAGGGUGAGGUGGUGCGAGAAUUCAUGAAGGAUACGGAUUCCAUAAAUUUGUACAAGAAUAUGCGAGAAACACUGGUUUAUCUUACCCAUCUGGAUUAUGCAGAUACUGAAAGAAUAAUGACGGAAAAGCUUCACAAUCAAGUGAAUGGUACAGAGUGGUCCUGGAAAAAUUUGAACACUUUAUGUUGGGCUAUAGGCUCCAUCAGUGGAGCAAUGCAUGAAGAAGAUGAGAAAAGAUUUCUUGUUACAGUAAUAAAGGAUCUUUUAGGUUUAUGUGAACAGAAGAGAGGGAAAGAUAAUAAAGCUAUUAUUGCAUCAAAUAUCAUGUACAUAGUAGGUCAAUAUCCAAGAUUUUUGAGAGCUCACUGGAAAUUUUUGAAGACCGUAGUAAACAAACUUUUUGAAUUUAUGCAUGAAACCCAUGAUGGUGUCCAGGAUAUGGCUUGUGAUACCUUCAUAAAAAUCGCACAAAAAUGCCGGAGGCAUUUUGUUCAGGUUCAGGUUGGGGAAGUGAUGCCUUUUAUUGAUGAGAUCCUAAACAAUAUUAACACUAUCAUAUGUGACCUUCAACCUCAACAGGUGCACACCUUUUACGAAGCUGUUGGAUAUAUGAUCGGGGCACAGACUGACCAAACAGUGCAGGAGCAUUUAAUAGAAAAAUAUAUGUUGCUUCCUAAUCAAGUGUGGGACAGCAUAAUUCAGCAAGCCACUAAAAAUGUCGACAUACUCAAGGAUCCUGAAACAGUUAAACAACUUGGUAGCAUUCUGAAAACCAAUGUGAGGGCGUGUAAAGCUGUUGGUCACCCCUUUGUAAUUCAACUUGGACGAAUUUAUUUAGAUAUGCUUAAUGUGUACAAGUGCCUCAGUGAAAAUAUUUCUGCAGCCAUACAGGCUAAUGGUGAAAUGGUCACCAAGCAACCUUUGAUUAGAAGCAUGCGGACAGUAAAAAGGGAAACUUUAAAAUUAAUAUCCGGUUGGGUGAGCCGGUCGAACGAUCCACAAAUGGUUGCAGAAAACUUUGUCCCUCCUCUGUUGGAUGCAGUGCUCAUUGACUAUCAGAGAAAUGUUCCAGCUGCUAGAGAGCCAGAAGUACUCAGUACUAUGGCCAUCAUUGUCAACAAGUUAGGAGGGCACAUAACGGCUGAAAUACCUCAGAUAUUUGAUGCUGUUUUUGAAUGCACAUUAAAUAUGAUAAAUAAGGACUUUGAAGAGUACCCCGAGCAUAGAACAAACUUUUUCCUACUACUUCAGGCUGUAAAUUCUCACUGUUUCCCAGCAUUCCUUGCCAUUCCACCCGCCCAGUUCAAACUGGUUUUGGAUUCUAUUAUUUGGGCUUUCAAACAUACCAUGAGAAAUGUUGCAGAUACAGGCCUACAGAUCCUUUUUACACUCUUACAAAACGUUGCACAGGAAGAAGCUGCUGCCCAGAGUUUCUAUCAGACCUAUUUCUGUGAUAUUCUUCAGCACAUCUUCUCUGUUGUAACAGACACCUCACAUACUGCAGGUCUCACAAUGCACGCAUCAAUUCUUGCGUACAUGUUUAAUUUGGUAGAAGAAGGAAAAAUAAGUACACCCUUAAAUCCUGGAAAUCCAGUUAACAACCAAAUGUUUAUUCAGGAUUACGUGGCUAAUCUUCUUAAGUCUGCUUUCCCUCAUCUACAAGAUGCACAAGUUAAACUGUUCGUAACAGGGCUCUUCAGUUUAAAUCAGGAUAUUCCUGCUUUCAAAGAACACCUUCGGGAUUUCCUGGUACAAAUAAAGGAAUUUGCAGGUGAAGACACCUCUGAUUUAUUUUUGGAGGAGAGAGAAACAGCUCUUCGGCAAGCGCAGGAGGAAAAACAUAAACUUCAGAUGUCUGUCCCUGGCAUCCUUAAUCCACAUGAAAUUCCUGAAGAAAUGUGUGAUUAAAAAUUCUAAACCAGUUAUGCUGUCUUCUCUCUGUACAGCUGCUUUGUUGUGGUAGAAGAAAACAGCACUUGGAUAUUUGUUGACCAAAAUGAUGCCAAUUUGUAAAUUAAAAUGUCACCUAGUGGCCCUUUUUCUUAUGUGUUUUUUGUAUAAGAAAUUUUCUGUGAAAUAUCCUUCCAUUGUUUAAGCUUUUUGUUUUGGUCAUCUUUAUUUAGACUUGCAUGAAGUUGAGAAGUAAAGGCGUUUUAGAACAGGAUUACUUCAUGCCCAUUCUGUGGCCGGGAGGGGGAGGCGGCAAGUUGAAUUGGAACGGAUUCUUGUAAAUUCUGUUGCAAAAUUAUAAAGUUUUUCCUUUAAUGAUACCAAUUUUUUAAUUAGGGAGCGUUUUCUCCCUAGGCUACACUGCGGCCUAGAAGAGAAGGCAGUGUGUAAAACAAAUGGCGGUCAUUGUGAACGGACUGUAGCGCGCUGCAUUGUCUGAAAUUAGCACCUUUUGGACUGAAUGGUAUGGCGAGACUACAUGUAUUACAAGUCAUGGCAAGUUUGCAGCAAGAUCAUGUGCAUAUCAUCCCAUUGUAAAGCAACUUCAAAGAGUAUGGGAACACAGUUAGUUAUUUUUACACAGUUCUUUUUGUUUUUGUGUGUGUGUGCUGUCGCUUUGUCGACAACAGCUUUUUGUUUUCCUCAAUGAGGAGUGUUGCUCAUUUGUGAGCCUUCAUUAACUCGAAGUGAAAUGGUUAAAAAUAUUUAUCCUGUUAGACUAGGCUGCAUCUUUUUAACAACUCAUUAAAAAAAAAAAACCUGGCUUUUGAGAUGACUUAUACUAAUUUACAUUGUUUACCAUGCUGUAGUGCUUUAAGAACACUACCUAAAAGCAAAAUAAACUUGGUUUACAUUUA